GAUUUGGAUGGAAAUUCUUAUUUGAAGCUUCAAGGAAGCUCACCAGCUCUGUGCAAAUUGGUGUGUGGGAGAAAUGGUGACAAAACCUUGACAAAUGGAGGGGCAAUGGCUGACCUUAAGAGGUUGAGGAAUGAGCAGAUUGAGGCUCAAGAAGAAAAGGGUGAAGAGAAUAGCAAAAAGAGAAAGCAUGAACAUGUCUUGCAGGUGCAACUUGGCGCUGUACAAGUACAAAUGCUUGCUCCUGGCAAAAGAACCAGUAGCUCAGAUGUGAUGGUGCUUCUUCAACCUGAUCAGCUACAAGCAGUCUUCGGGCAUUUGGAGGCAGAUUGCCAAGAUGGAAGCAUUUCCAAGCGUGAGUACACCAAGAGUGGCAAAUUUGCAAAGGCUGGUGGCGCUGGGAGCUCCUGA